GAAACCUGAAUGAAAACUUCAGAAGGAAAGCAUUGCUGUACUUCACUUCAAAUGAAGUGAACCUAGGUAACAUUUUGUGCCUUCCCCACACCCUUCCCAGGCCCAUUCUGUAACCAGAGAGUUCUCUUAGAGCUGUGAAAGGUUGAGUUAAGGUGAGAUUGGAUGCUUAUGGUCUUUCCGUGCCAAUAAAUGUCUUCCUUUUCCUAACUGAAGUUGUAUUUAAUCCUGUGAGAAGAACUUUAAUGCCAUUUAUUGUGAAUAUGUUCAAAUUCAACCUACUGUAGCCUACAGUAAUUCAGUUCAUGAGCCUUUCUGUACAAUUAUUAAACUAUCAAGAAGUUGUAUUUUGAGUACUUUGAUGUUAGAAUUCCAUGUUAGUCUAUAAAACACUGAAAUGGUAUUUUUUUAAUUCAGACUCAUUCUAGACUACCAGAAAGCAUGUUUUAAAUAAUCUGUUAUUCACUUACAGCUGCCAAAACGUAGUACAGUGAAAUAAUGGUCUUCUAGCCUGCUAAGCAACUGUCCAGCUUCCACAAUGCCUGUGCAGGCAGCUCAGUGGACAGAAUUUCUGUCCUGCCCAAUCUGCUACAACGAAUUUGAUGAGAAUGUGCACAAACCCAUCAGCUUAGGUUGCUCUCACACUGUCUGUAAGACCUGCCUGAACAAGCUUCAUCGCAAGGCAUGUCCUUUCGACCAGACUGCCAUCAACACAGACAUCGAUGUGCUUCCUGUAAACUUUGCACUCCUCCAGUUAGUUGGAGCCCAGGUACCUGAUCAUCAGACAGUAAAGUUGAGUAAUGUAGGAGAGAACAAACAUUAUGAAGUAGCAAAGAAAUGUGUUGAGGAUUUGGCACUCUACUUAAAGCCAUUAAGUGGAGGAAAAGGUGUUGCUAGCUUGAAUCAGAGUGCACUGAGCCGUCCAAUGCAAAGGAAGCUUGUGACACUGGUGAACUGUCAGCUGGUAGAGGAAGAGGGUCGAGUUAGGGCUAUGAGAGCAGCUCGAUCGCUGGGCGAGAGAACCGUGACAGAAUUGAUCUUGCAGCACCAAAAUCCUCAGCAGCUUUCUGCCAAUCUUUGGGCUGCUGUCAGGGCACGAGGAUGUCAGUUUCUAGGGCCAGCUAUGCAAGAGGAGGCACUGAAACUUGUAUUACUGGCACUGGAAGAUGGCUCUGCACUCUCGAGAAAAGUUCUGGUACUUUUUGUGGUGCAAAGGCUAGAACCAAGAUUUCCUCAGGCCUCUAAAACAAGCAUUGGUCAUGUUGUGCAGCUACUGUAUAGAGCAUCAUGCUUUAAGGUCACUAAAAGGGAUGAAGAUUCUUCUCUGAUGCAACUUAAAGAAGAGUUUCGGAGUUAUGAGGCUUUGCGGAGAGAACAUGAUGCCCAAAUUGUUCACAUUGCCAUGGAAGCAGGACUUCGAAUAUCACCAGAACAGUGGUCUUCCCUUCUUUAUGGCGACUUGGCACAUAAAUCUCACAUGCAAUCCAUUAUCGACAAGCUCCAAUCUCCAGAGUCUUUUGCAAAGAGCGUGCAAGAGUUGACGAUCGUCUUGCAGCGCACAGGUGAUCCUGCAAACUUAAACAGGCUGAGACCUCAUUUAGAGCUCCUGGCAAACAUAGACCCAAAUCCAGAUGCAGCAUCUCCAACAUGGGAGCAGCUGGAAAAUGCAAUGGUGGCUGUGAAGACGGUGGUACACGGGCUGGUGGAUUUCAUUCAGAAUUACAGCAGAAAAGGCCAUGAAACUCCACAGCCACAACCAAAUAGCAAAUACAAAACAAGUAUGUGCCGAGACCUUCGACAACAAGGGGGAUGUCCAAGAGGAACCAACUGUACAUUUGCUCAUUCUCAGGAAGAGCUUGAAAAAUAUCGCUUGAGGAACAAAAAAAUCAGUGCAACAGUGAGAACAUUCCCCCUUCUAAAUAAAGUUGGCGUUAAUAGCACCGUCUCAACCACUACAGGAAGCGUAAUUUCUGUCAUAGGAAGCCCUGAAGCAACAGGAAAGAUGGUGCCAAGUACUAAUGGAAUAGCUAAUCUAGAAAGUGGUGUUCCCCAAUUGAUUCCUCGCUGUGCAGACACCUCCUUAAGAGCUUUGGAGAACACAAAGAAGGCAGGGAAGAGUGGAGCCAAUGGCCAGAAUGUUUCUGGAUCCCCUACAGAAUCACUACCUGAGAAUAAAAUUGGUUCUCCACCCAAGACUCCUGUAAGCCAGGCAGCAGCUACCUCAGCUGGUCCUCCUAAUAUUGGAACAGAAGUGAAUUCUGUGCCUCCAAAAUCCAGCCAGUUUGUUCCCAGAGUACCUGUUUACCCUCCACAUUCUGAUAACGUUCAGUAUUUCCAAGAUCCCAGAACUCAGCUGUCGUAUGAAGUUCCACAGUACCCACAGGCAGGGUACUAUCCACCACCUCCAACAGUACCAGCUGGCGUGGCUCCCUGUGUUCCUCGAUUUGUGAGGUCCAAUAAUGUUCCAGAAUCCACCCUCCCACCUGCUUCUGUGCCAUAUGCCGACCAUUACAGUACGUUUCCACCUCGAGAUCGACUGAAUUCUCCUUACCAACCUCCUCCUCCGCAGCCGUAUGGACCAGUUCCUCCCGUCCCUUCUGGAAUGUAUGCUCCAGUCUAUGACAGCAGGCGCAUCUGGCGCCCACAGAUGUACCCACGGGAUGAUAUUAUUAGGAGCAAUUCUUUACCUCCCAUGGAUGUGAUGCACUCAUCUGUCUAUCAGACAUCAUUACGUGAGAGAUACAACUCUUUGGAUGGCUAUUACUCCGUGGCUUGCCAACCUCCAAAUGAACAGAGGACUGUGCCUUUACCAAGGGAGCCUUGUGGUCACUUGAAGACUGGGUAUGAUGAACAAUUACGACGGAAGCCAGAACAGUGGGCACAAUAUCACACACAGAAAACUCCUCUUGUAUCGUCAGCCCUUCCUAUGGCAACGCCAUCUCCAACACCACCUUCUCCUCUCUUCAGUGUAGAUUUCAACACAGAGUUCUCUGAGAGUGUCAGUGAUUUGAGUGGAACUAAAUUUGAGGAAGACCAUCUCUCUCACUAUUCACCGUGGUCUUGUGGCACUAUUGGUUCUUGCAUAAAUGCUAUCGACUCAGAGCCCAAGGAUGUGAUUGCCAAUUCAAAUGCCGUGUUAAUGGAUUUGGACAGCGGGGAUGUUAAAAGGAGAAUGCAUUUAUUUGAAACUCAGAGAAGGGCAAAGGAAGAAGAUCCUAUAAUCCCAUUUAGUGAUGGACCGAUCAUUUCCAAGUGGGGUGCAAUCUCCAGGUCAUCCCGCACGGGUUAUCACACAACAGAUCCAAUUCAGGCCACUGCUUCCCAAGGAAGUGCAACUAAGCCCAUCAGUGUAUCAGAUUAUGUUCCUUAUGUCAAUGCUGUUGACUCAAGAUGGAGUUCUUAUGGCUCAGAUUCAGCUUCAUCAGCACGUUAUGCAGAACGGGACAGAUUCAUAGUUACAGAUUUGUCUGGUCACAGAAAGCAUUCCAGCACUGGAGAUCUAUUAAGUAUUGAAUUACAGCAGGCCAAAAGUAACUCAUUGUUACUUCAGAGAGAGGCAAAUGCACUAGCCAUGCAACAGAAGUGGAAUUCUCUAGAUGAAGGCAGUCGACUUACCUUAAAUCUUUUAAGCAAGGAAAUUGAUUUGAGGAAUGGUGAGACUGAUUAUAGUGAAGACUGUGCUGAUACAAAGCCAGAUCGAGACAUCGAGUUGGAGCUAUCUGCCCUUGAUACAGAUGAACCUGAUGGGCAGGGUGAACAAAUAGAAGAGAUUCUGGACAUACAGCUAGGUAUCAGUUCUCAAGAUGAUCAGCUGCUCAAUGGAACAACUGUAGAGAAUGGGCAUCCACUAAAGCAGCACCAGAAAGAAUCUAUGGAACAGAAGAGACAAAGUUUAGGUGAAGACCUUGUGAUUCUGGAGGAGCAGAAAACAAUCCUGCCCGUAACUUCUUGCUUCAGUCAGCCGAUCACAACAUCUGUUAGCAAUGCAAGCUGCCUGCCCAUCAGCACAUCAGUCAGUGUUGGCAGCCUCAUUUUGAAAACUGCUCACAUUAUGUCUGAGGAUAAAAAUGACUUUUUAAAGCCUGUUGCAAAUGGCAGGAUGGUUAACAGCUGAAAGGCAUUCAUCUUUCCAGCUUGUGACCACACCGUGGAAGCAUUUACACUAGCUUUUUAUAUAUAUAAUAUAUAUUAUAUAAUGUAUAUUUUUUUUAAAGAAUAAUAUUGGGGUCAUGCAUUUCCUGUGGACUCUUUGAUACUUCAAGCCCCUCUCGCAUUAGCAUUCUGAAGAAAAAAAACUUACUUUACUAGGGUAAGGCGUUCACUUUCCACAGAUGAAUGGAAUUUGGACAUUGUUUUACUUAAGCUUAAAGCAGCUUUUUAUGAGUUUGUAGCAAUCCGGUGCGGUAUCUGAGCCAUUCUUGUUUAAAAUGGCUUCUGUAGAAAACUAACAACUCAGUUAUUUAAACUAGCAGGAUCCUACGAUGAUACAUCUAGUGAAAGGAAGACUAACUUAUUUGUCUCUAUUUUGUUUCAUGAGAGAAGAACUUGUGUCUUGUUGCAGCUGCUUUUUCCUUAGUUGUGGAACUUUGCAUGGAGUAUUGUUUCCCGAUUGAAGACUGAGAGGUGGGGAUUUGGACUUGAGACUUUUUACAGGGUUAACACACCAUUAGCUUUGCACUGCUGCGUUAUUUGCAGGUCUGUGAUGCAGUGCUUUGCUGCAGCGUUUUGUUUCCAUUUCUCCCCCCGUGCACAUACACACACACACACACAUUUCUGCUUUAGUACUGUAGAUACACACGUACACAGGCUACUUGUCCAAGUAAAGUUACCAGAAGUAAACCAAGUGCCUACGUCCUCCAGCUAACGUACUAGGUAUUGAUCUCCCGAGUUAUACACAAAACAAUUUGCAGUCAUACUGAGAGGUUAUACACUAAUGUAACAGCAGUUUGUUCUUUUUUUUAUUAAUGGUUCUCAACUUGCAGAUUAGAAUCCAGAUGACUUGGCAAAAAGUAUCAGGUGCUCUUUGCUUUCCUUUGAAAACCCUGUAUGUAGAGUUUGCACUGACUAACAAGAUGGUAUUGCUGUUUUUGUACUGUUUUGUUUUUAAUUUAAACUAAAUAUUGGGAAUUUAAGGCAGUUAUUACCUUUUAUUUAGUGUUGUUAAUCAUAAUUUUAUAUUCAGGUUUAAUUUUUGCUUGUUCAGUGGCAACUUAUUUUGAAAGACUUUGAAAAUACAAUAAUAUAGCAUUAUCUGAUCUUUAGAGCUCUGAGAAGUGUAUGAAUUUAUGCCCUGUUAAGAUGUGACUGAGAAUCCUGUUAGACAUGUCAGCUGAAGAUAUUUUUUUUUCUUUCAUGAAUGCACACGAAGUAGAGCCCUGGGCAGAUGUUUGUUUGGUUUUUAAGAAGCUUUUAAUCAGCUUUUUUUUUUUUUUUUUUUUUUUUUUUUUAAGAAGGCAGGACUCUCCCUCCUGAUGAUUACCAUCUUGUUUGUCCUCUUACUUUUCUUUGUGACAAGUUUUACUUUUUUGUUUGUUUGUUUUAUUAACUUCUGUGAAGUUGUUCACUCUGAAAAUUGUACUGGAAUAUUUUAAGCCAAGCUGAUCUUUCACCAGGUGUACUGCAUGUAAGGGCUUUUCCUGCUAGCAAAAUGCUUAAAGAGGAUCAUGUUACUGGUCGUCUGAGUUGUUAUUUUACAAAAUCACAGCUAUGUGGUCGGGUAAGAUUUUGAUAACUGUUUUGUGCACGUUUCUGGGGGGUGGGGGUUGGCAUUUCCCUGAGGGUUACUGAUUAGACUGAGUAAAUAUUGGUGUUUGAUAUCUCUCCUAAUGAACCUGUCCAUGAAAUAAUUAUGUUGUAAAUAUACCUGAAAAUCAAGGGUUAGUUUUGAUAUUCUGGUGUCAGUAUGGAAGAUCUUACACAUCUAUUUAAUACUCCAAUGUUAAGGAAUGUAUGUAGAAAAACAGUCAAGUAGUCUUUUAGUUUCCUUUGGCUGUUGCUGAACCUUCCUGUAGCCAGUGCCACCUCAUAGCUAGGGUUAGAUCGAUGCUUUGUUUCACUUGCAACUCAAAGUGAAUGGAUACAAGAACCAGACCACCUCUGUCACCUUAAUUUAUUUCCUAUUGAUGUUAACCUUAACUUAGAAUGUUAGACAUAAAUAUGAUUGUUGUAUAUUUUAUACCAAGACCAUUCUGUAAAUAUGAAUUUAUAUUACUUUUGAAAUGCUUCUGAGAUACUAUUAUUUGCUGUACAAUGUAAUUCCAAAACAGAUAUGCAAACAAGUAUGUCUCUUUCAUGGAUAUUUAAACAGUGAGAUCUUCCAUGUUGAAGGUGAUGUAAUUUUUUUAAAAGAUUUUUAAAUUUUAAAUUGCUAUUUUGUUACAAAAAUAGAGAAAAUAUAAAGGUUUGAGAAGUCCUUAUUUGCCCUCAGGGAAAGAGCCCUCUGUGCACCAGAACUCCACAGAACAUCUUCAGCAUGAUCUGAGGGUGAAUAUAUACUACAUAAAUUGAUUGUGUAUUUACCUUAACUUUUUAAUUUUAAAAUUGCAGUUUUAAAAACUUGGUUGUGCUCUGCUGGAGGGGGAUUGGAAUAAGCUGCUUACACACAUUUGCCUGUUUGUCCAGUGAAGUUACAUAAGCCUAACAUAUUCCUGCCAACCACAUUGGCAUAUAUAAGAACAAAUGUAUCUAUCUACUCUUGCCUGCAGCAGGAGGUCCCAUGAUAUAGUAGUUUCUAGGAUGACCAUAUACUUUAUAUGGAGAGUUGGUUCUUAACUGAGACUAGUUAUUUUCUUGAAUUUUUAAUGUAGAGAAUGACAGGCAAAAGAAUUACCUGGGCAUUUAAAUAGCAUGCCAGCUUUUGUCUUACAGUUCUAACACUGACUGUGUGAUUUUUGCCAUGAAACUAUGCCCUCCAGUGCCCUGACAAGUAGAAGCUACAGGUGGGAACCCAGUUCUGGCUUUCUUGGUGGAGUUUCAUCCCUUGACCCUAUGAACAAGUAUGUAUUCAUUUGUCUAGUUGCAAAUCAGGUGCCUCUGGGCUAUGGAAGGGCUUACUUUCUGACACUGAGAUAUAAUUACUAAUUUUUGUGCAUUAAUAGCAGUGGUUCCCAUUUAGCUUUUGGCCUAAGAUACCUUUGCUGUCAGAAAAAAAAAAAAAAAAGGCCCAUAGCAGAUUGGGGAAAAGAGAUUGGCUCUUUUGCUUUGCUUGGACAAGCAUUUCGAGUUUGUUUGUUGUGUUUUUUUUCUUUUCUUUUCCCCUCUUAGGGGUACAGCAGGGAUUUCACAUGCAAGAGAUACAGGAAUUAUUAGUAUCUAAGUUAAUUGUGUUGCCUCACUACCUGGAUUCAUUCCUUGUUUUGCCUCAUUUUCCACAUAGGUCUUAAUAGAGACUAAUGCUUUUGCUGGGAGAAUGCUUGUGUGAGAAGUAAUUAUCUGUACAUUCUUAACAUAUAAUUAUAGCAGAGUGAUAGCCCUGCUACUGAUAUUUUGUUCCUGUAAACAGGUGACAAGAAAUGAAUCUUAGUGUUUAUGCAGAUUUUGCAUUGUAGAAUGUAUACUAGACCCUUCAAAGGAAAGGUUAGACUCUUUGCAAAGCAAACUGGCAUUGGUUCUUGGUAGUCUAGUACAGGGAUGCUGAAGUUUGACACUUGAUUUAAAAACAAAAAAAAAAAACUGUACACAGCUGAUUGUUAAAUAAGCUCUUAAUUGCUCAUUGUAGAAGUCUAAUCUGGCAGGUUUUAGUGCUUUGAUAACAUGAUUGUGUUAUUGCACAAUUUUAAUUAUCCUCUGCUCAAGAGCUGAAUGCUGUUCUUGUAUAAUAGUGUACUAGGCUGGAUGAGGUACAAAGCAAUGCACAGUGGUAGGAAACAGCUGAGGAAAGAACACUUAAAAUAACUAUCUACACUCAGAAUAGUUCCAAACAUGUUUUUGUUUGCUUUCUUAAAGCACAAGUUGUCAAGUUGUAUCUGUUGCUGUACAUAGACACUGUAUGCCAGCAGCUCCUUGAUCAUCUUUGUGAACAAGAUUCUUCAUUAUUAUUGGGCUUAAAGGAAGACGUUGAAUUUGAGAGUGUAACAAAAUGAGAAAUGAUCUACAGUAUGUAAAAGUCCAUUCUUUAUGUUGUAGUUUGAUCCCUUCUGUUAGGCAGUUCCCUCUCAUUGAGGGACCUCUUCUGCAAGCAGAACACAACAAACGUGCUUUGGAAUAACCCAGUUUUCAGGAUAAUCGAGCAGCGCUUUGGCAGCAGGCAGCACUGUGCGUCUCUUUGCUGGCAAGGGAGCACAGCGAGGGAAGGGAGCUGUCGGUGACGGGGAAAGCCAAAAAGGAAUCGCUGACAUUCCCAAAUCCAAACGUACCCUGCACCUCCAGUCGUGGUCGAGAGGUUGCCGCCAAGGCUGAACUCGAGCAGAGCCUGCUUCUCUCGCUGCCGAAAGCCAGGGUUGCUGCCCAGAGCCCAUUGACUUACCCAGAGUAGAUCUCCGUGAAUCCGAGGCAUGGGAUGCAUGCAUUUCGUAGCUGGGCAAACAAGUAUAUUAUACGGUAGUUGUGAUACAACACACGUGGCUUUGAUUUGUACUGCACAUCCCCACUGUACAGCCACUCCGAAGUAUUGUGGUUAGCUUGCAGCAUCUGCUGUCCGCAUUUAUACUGUUUACUGCGUAUUCUUUUCCCUGGAAGUUUAAGGAAAUUUUUUUCUUGUUGCAUCGAUUACAUUUUAUAAAUUUGCUUAGCUGGAAAGUUUGGGAAAAGAGGCCUGUUUGUCAAUUGUACAACCGAUUGUGAAGCUCUAGUGUGAAUAUUUUUACGUCUGUAUUAGACAUUUUCUUUGCAAAUCUAUUGUUCGAUUGAAAUGUAAAUGAAAUAAAAGAUGGUGUACACCCAUCAUGUAUAAAGCAGGCACCAUCGCUACGAUGGAUUUAAUGCUCAUUUUUAUGGCGCAUUCUCAGCUUCUAUUUAAAACUAUAAUUUAAAAUCUGUAAAAUGAAAUGGGGUUAUAUGGGGGAGUAAAUUCUAUUCCGUUUAUUUCGGUUUGAGUUCCCGACUCGUCUGUUCCCUCGUGUUAGAGUAGGGGGGCCCCGCGCGGGGCGGCCGUGCGUGUUUGCUGUAGCACUGAAGUGAAGAGGUUUUAGCUUUGGCCGGUCACAGAGUAGAGCAUCAUGGUUUUCAGUGUUUGAGAGAAUCGAUGGAAGAAGUUUGCAGUAUUGACAUGUAUUUGCAUGCACAAAUAAAAAUUAUUUGUCCACCUUAA